AAGUCAUCAAGUGGAGAAACACAAUGACGCAAGAGUGCCAUGAGCAAGAACGUGACGUCUCUCCAAAAGUGAAGAAAGACGGGAAAGUGGUCAGGGAGUCUGCCGAGAGGCCCACCGACCGCCACGCUGAAGUAACUGCAGGAAUUUCUGAUGUUCCAAAUAAAGAGGAUCUGUUGCAUUGGCGCCGGCUACGUGGGAGGCCCAACGUGCAGCGUGAUUGCCCAAAUGUGUCCGGAGAUCACGGUGACCGUCGUCGACGUGAACGAGUCCCGAAUCAAAGCCUGGAACUCCGCCGCGCUUCCCAUCUAUGAGCCCGGCCUGAAAGAUGUGGUUGAAUCAUGCAGAGGGAGGAACUUAUUUUUCUCCACAGACAUUGACUCAGCCAUCAGGGAGGCCGACCUUGUUUUUAUCUCCGUAAACACGCCCACCAAGACCUACGGCAUGGGGAAGGGCCGUGCCGCAGACCUCAAGUUCAUCGAAGCGUGCGCUCGGAGGAUCGUGGAGGUGUCCGAUGGCUACAAGAUUGUCACGGAGAAGAGCACCGUCCCGGUGCGAGCUGCCGAGAGUAUUCGGCGCAUCUUCGACGCCAACAACAAGCCCAGCCUCAACUUACAUGUGCUGUCCAACCCGGAGUUCCUUGCAGAAGGAACGGCGGUGAAGGAUCUGAAGGAGCCUGACCGCGUCCUGAUUGGUGGCGAUGAGACGGCAGAGGGUCAAAGGGCAAUCAGAGCGUUAUGUGCCGUGUAUGAACGCUGGGUGCCCAAGGCCAGAAUCAUCACCACCAACACGUGGUCGUCUGAGCUGUCCAAACUGGCGGCCAAUGCAUUCCUGGCGCAGCGAAUCAGCAGCAUCAACAGCAUCAGCGCGCUAUGCGAGGCCACCGGCGCCGACGUGGAGGAGGUCGCCAAGGCCAUUGGCAUGGACCAGCGAAUUGGAAGCAAGUUUCUCAAAGCCAGCGUGGGUUUUGGUGGAAGCUGUUUCCAGAAGGAUGUGCUCAAUCUCGUCUAUCUGUGCGAGGCCCUCAACCUGCCUGAAGUGGCCUCCUACUGGCAACAGGUGAUCGAUAUGAACGAGUACCAAAGGCGGCGGUUUGCCUGCAGGAUCAUCGACUGCCUCUUCAACACGGUGACGGGCAAAAAAAUCGCUCUGCUGGGCUUCUCUUUCAAAAAAGACACAGGUGACACAAGAGAGUCGUCCAGUAUUUACAUCUCCAAAUAUCUGAUGGAUGAAGGGGCCAAACUGUUCAUCUAUGACCCUAAAGUUCUUAAAGAGCAAAUCAUUCAGGACCUUUCUCAGCCCAGCAUCUCCGAGGACAAGCCAGAAAGAGUUUCAGAGCUGGUGACAGUGACCACUGACCCUUACGAGGCUUGCCAGAGCGCACACGCGUUAGUCAUCUGUACCGAGUGGGACAUGUUUAAGGAGCUGGACUAUGAGAAGAUUUACAAAAAGAUGCUGAAGCCGGCCUUUAUAUUUGAUGGUCGCAGAGUGCUGGACCACCUCCACGCUCACCUCCAGGACAUCGGCUUCCAGAUUGAGACCAUUGGGAAGAAAGUGGCAGCAACACGAAUCCCUUACACCCCCGCUGCUGUGUGUCCUCGCAUCAGUGCCAGCGAGCCUCCUGCCAAAAAAGCUAAAAUCUGAAACUGUUGGCACGCAACACAUUCCUCCCUCAACCUUUUAAUUGGACGUUGCUGUCAAAUCCUACUUUAUAAUCCAAAGAGAGCCGGACCAGCCAUGUGAUUUAUGAUUCCGUCGUCGUGGGUGGACGAGUCCAAGCUUCGUUUCCAAAUUUUGGCUGACCUCGCACGUUUGUUGUGGUUGAAACUAUCCACGCACAAAAAUGGUUUAUAGAAUUCAGGAGUAUUUAUCAAGCCUAUUUUACAUGUAGUCAAGCGAGUCUUGAGAUAAUCUAGUUUUUUUACAGUCACAUUCCAACAGUUUUAUAUAUUUUUUAUAAAUCAUAAUGCUGCAUGUGUCCGCUGUAUCUGUGACUCCAUGGGCCAAUGCAAUAAAAUGGAACAAGUCCUGAA